UAUCGCUGGAGUCACAUAUGCCAUGGCCAGAAGAUGGUGAACAGCCAUAAGUACUAUAAUUUCAAAGAAGAAAACAAAGUGAAAUAAUUAGAAUUUGAAUUCAAUUCUUUAUUAAAAAUUUAAUUGUAUUUAUUUGUAUAUAUUACGAAAUGGAUGAUGAAGCAGAAACUUAUAAAUUGUGGCGAAUUCGUAAAACAGUGAUGCAGUUGUGUCAUGAUAGAGGUUAUCUCGUGACACAGGAUGAAUUGGAUCAGACUUUAGAACAAUUUAAAGAACAAUUUGGCGAUAAACCGAGUGAAAAAAGACCAGCACGUAGCGAUCUUAUUGUAUUAGUUGCACACAAUGAUGAUCCUACGGAUCAACUUUUUGUCUUUUUUCCCGAUGAACCCAAAAUAGGUAUCAAAACUAUAAAAACUUAUUGUCAGCGUAUGCAGGAAGAAAAAAUUCAUAGAGCAAUCAUUGUCGUACAACAAGGUAUGACACCGUCUGCUAAACAAUCUUUAGUAGAUAUGGCACCUAAGUAUAUUUUAGAACAAUUUUUGGAAUCUGAGUUGUUGAUAAAUAUCACAGAACACGAACUUGUACCUGAACAUAUAGUAUUAACUCCAGACGAAAAAGAAGAGUUACUUACUAGAUAUAAGCUUAAAGAAAAUCAAUUAAUGCGUAUACAAGCUGGUGAUCCAGUGGCUCGUUAUUUUGGUCUGAAAAGAGGACAAGUAGUCAAAAUUAUUAGACCUUCUGAAACUGCAGGAAGAUAUAUCUCUUACAGACUUGUAUGUUGAUUGAUAAUACAAGCAACAUAUAAUGUCUAUUUCAUGUUAUUUUGAUCUAUAAUGAUUGAAGAAAUUCUAACUGCGAACUGUACAAUAUUUUUGUAAUUAAAAAUAAUUUUUAAAGAUUAAAUUUAAUACAAAACAUUAA